AUUUGGUAUCGUCCAGUCGUCCGGCACGCGUUCCCACGUGUUACAGCUCUACAUGACGCACAUGGGAAACACAGAGAGUUUUCUAUUGUAAUAUAUGUUUUUAUUAAGAAAAUGCAAUUUUCUAAAGAAACACCAUGGAGGCGAUUAGAAGGCAUGUCGUUUGGCAUGUAUUCCGCGGAGGAAUUAAGGAAGCUGAGUGUGAAGACUAUCACUAACUCCCUGCUGCUGGAUAAUGUGGGCAGUGCCGCUCCGAACGGGCUGUAUGACCUGGCGCUGGGUCCUGCUGAUAGAAAAGAGAUCUGCUCCACCUGCAUGCAGGACUUCGACAGCUGUCCGGGACACUUCGGCAUCAUAGAGCUGCCGCUGACCGUCUACAACCCUCUGUUCUUUGAUAAAUUAUUUUUGCUCAUCCGGGGCUCAUGCCUGAUGUGUCACACGCUGAAGUGUCCAAGAGCGGCUAUCCUUUUACUGCUGGGCCAGCUGAAGCUCCUGGACGUGGGUGCGUUGAGGGAGGUGUACGAGCUGGAGAAUGUGCUCAAUCAGUUCCUGAAUGUCAACGCUCAGCCGACCACAUUAGAAAUGCAAGAAGUUCUGGAUGGGUUUGUUAAUCCCAUCCUCAAAGCCAAUAAAGACAAGAAGCACCUGGCUCCUGUCAAACACAUCUGUGAGAAAAAGUCCAGUCUCAUUAACAAUUUCUGGAAAACACAAAUGGGCUCAAGGAAAUGUAUGAAUUGCAAAACCGGGAAGGAUAUCGUUCGCAGAGAACACAACAGCAAAAUCAUCAUCUUUAAAGCGAUGAACGCAAAAGAUUUAGAGCAGCCCGAUGAUACACAGCUGACCAAGCGUGGAUUCUUGACUCCAAGUUUGGCGCGAGAGCAUAUCCUCAAACUCUGGCAGAUAGAAGGUUUGUUCCUGAAGCAUCUGAUAAGUUCGGAGAAAGGCUUCAGUCCUGAACUUUUCUUCUUGGAUUUGCUGGUGGUUCCUCCAUGCAAGUACAGGCCUAUUAAUCGUUUGGGAGACCAGAUGUUCACCAACGGACAGACUGUGAACAUGCAGUCCGUGUUAAAGGAUAAUUUCACCAUUCAGAAAUUGCUUGCAUUAAUCGCUUCUGAGAAGAUUAACGAUACUGAAGACACGCAGACAGAGAUAGAUAAGUCUGGUGAAGCCGUCGAGAGCAGUGAGAUGGAUCAGUCCUUCUUAAUAGGCAUCCCGGGACUGACUCUCACAGACAAGCUCUACAACGUCUGGAUCCGCCUGCAGAGUCACGUCAACAUCGUGUUUGACAGCGACAUGGACAAACUGAUAACUGAGAAGUUUCCAGGCAUUCGUCAGCUCUUGGAGAAGAAAGACGGCUUGUUCAGGAAACACAUGAUGGGAAAGCGUGUGGAUUACGCUGCACGCUCUGUCAUUUGUCCUGAUAUGUACAUCGGAACCAAUGAGAUUGGAAUACCAAUGGUUUUUGCUACCAAGUUGACGUACCCGCAGCCGGUGACGCCCUGGAACGUGAAGGAACUCAGGCAGGCGGUGCUGAACGGACCCGACGUCCACCCUGGAGCCUCUAUGGUCAUUAAUGAAGACGGGUCUCGCACCAUUCUCAGCAACAACCUGACCCAGAGAGAAGCUGUGGCCAAACAGCUGCUGACCCCCAGCACCGGCCUGCACAGGAUACCCAUGAAGAUUGUGAAUCGGCACAUCAAGAAUGGAGAUGUGCUGCUGUUAAACCGUCAGCCCACUCUGCACAGACCGUCAAUUCAGGCCCACUGCGCUCGGAUCCUGCCCGGAGAGAAAGUGCUCCGCUUGCAUUACGCUAACUGUAAGGCCUACAACGCUGACUUUGAUGGAGACGAGAUGAACGCUCACUUCCCUCAGAGUGAGCUGGGCCGAGCCGAGGCCUACACGCUAGUGAGCACAGACCAGCAGUACCUAGUGCCCAAAGAUGGGAAGCCGCUGGCCGGCCUGAUUCAGGACCACAUGGUGUCUGGCACCAGCAUGACCAUCCGCGGCUGUUUUUUCACGCGGGAUCAGUACACUGCGCUCAUCUACAGAGGCCUGACAGACAAGAUGGGCAGAGUGAAGCUCCUCCGUCCCGCGCUCAUUAAACCCGUGCCGCUCUGGACAGGAAAGCAGGUGGUGUCGACCCUUUUGCUGAAUGUCAUCCCGGAAAACCACAUCCCUUUAAACUUGACGGGAAGAGCGAAGAUUCCCAGUAAAGCCUGGGUGAAGGAGCCUCCCAGAUCUGCUCCAGGAUACAAGCCGGAGUCCAUGUGUGACUCUCAGGUGGUCAUUCGUCAGGGAGAGCUGCUGGUGGGCGUUCUGGAUAAAGCUCACUAUGGCAGCUCAGCGUACGGUCUGGUGCACUGCUGCUACGAGCUCUACGGAGGAGAGACCAGCGGAAAACUGCUCAGCUGUCUGGCUCGACUCUUCACUGCCUACCUGCAGCUUUACCGCGGCUUCACCUUGGGUGUGGAGGACAUUCUAGUAAAAGAUGGAGCCAACAAACAAAGAAGGAAAAUUAUCCAAAAGUCAGUCACAUGUGGCUCCAAGGCUCUUCAGGCUGCGUUUAACCUGCCCGCAUCCGCUGGAGACGCUGAAGCCAGAGAACGCUGGCAGGACGCACAUCUGAACUCAGACCAGAGAGAUUUCAACAUGGUGGACCUGAAGUUCAAAGAGGAGGUCAAUGAAGUGAACAACAACAUCAACAAGGUUUGCAUGCCACUGGGUCUCCAUCGCUCCUUCCCAGAAAACAACCUUCAGCUGAUGGUGCAGUCCGGAGCCAAGGGAUCUACUGUUAACACUAUGCAGAUCUCCUGUUUAUUGGGUCAGAUUGAGCUGGAGGGCCGCCGACCACCGCUGAUGCCUUCUGGGAAGUCCCUGCCCUGCUUUCAGCCCUACGAACCACAGCCGCGCUCCGGAGGAUUCGUGACUGGCAGAUUCUUGACAGGGAUCAAACCUCCUGAGUUCUUUUUCCAUUGCAUGGCUGGUCGUGAAGGUCUUGUGGACACUGCUGUCAAAACCAGUCGAUCUGGUUAUCUGCAGAGGUGUGUGAUCAAGCAUCUAGAAGGUCUUGUGGUCCAGUAUGAUCUGACUGUGCGGGACAGUGAUGGAAGUGUGGUCCAGUUUCUUUACGGAGAAGAUGGGCUAGACAUCCCCAAGACCCAGUUCCUACAGCCACGGCAGUUCCCUUUCAUCAAAGACAACUACGAGGUUAUUAGAAAGUCUAAGUGCUUGGAUGAAGUUCUGGCUAAAAUGGACUCACAGGCCACGUUUAAUCACCUUAAAGCCAUUAGGAGAUGGAAAGCCAAGCGUGAACGUGUUUCACCCAGAGAGGGAGCCUUCCUGCUCUACUCGCAGAAGAAACUGAGCCACGUGAAGUCUCAAGUAGGGUACCAGGAGCUGGACAGCGGGAGAAAGGCAGCCACUCUACAGCUGUUGGAGAGGUGGAGAGCUCUGGAUGACUCUGGCCGUAUGAAGUAUUUGAAGAAGACGUCUCGUUGUCCGGACCCGUGUCUGUCUCUUUACCGGCCGGACAUCUGCUUCGGGUCAGUGUCUGAGACGUUCGACUCCAUUGUUGAGUCCUACCUGGAGCAGUUCAACAUCAAGCAGGAAUUUCAGACGUCUGCUGAAAUCGUUGACUCAGAUAGAUUGAGGCAUCUCCUGCAGCUGAAGUGGCAGCGAGCUCUGUGUGACCCCGGAGAGGCCGUGGGUCUGCUGGCGGCUCAGAGCAUCGGAGAGCCCUCCACCCAGAUGACCCUUAACACCUUCCACUUCGCCGGCAGAGGAGAGAUGAACGUCACCCUGGGAAUUCCUAGAUUAAGAGAAAUACUCAUGAUCGCGGGUUCGAAGAUCAAAACCCCCAUGAUGAGCAUUCCAGUUCGGAUGAACAAGAAAGCCUUGAAGCAAGUCAAGACCCUGCGGAAGAAGAUAACACGCGUGUGUUUAUCAGAGGUGCUUCACAAGGUGGAUGUGAUAGAAACCUUCCGUUACGUAGAGAAAGGAAAACUAAGCGAGAAAUCACGAGUCUAUAAAAUCACAUUCCACUUCCUGCCUCCUGAGCGAUACCAGCAAGACAAGCUGCUCACCCCCAACAAGAUCCUUCAUUACAUGGAGCAGAAAUUCUUUCGCAUGCUGUUGGAGACCAUUAAGAGGCUGAACUCUAAACUGUCAGCUAUGGGAAAAGUGGACACGCGCAAAGCCACGCCGAGCGACGCCGAUCGACCGGUGGCGGGGGGUGUCGAGGGGGCGGCAGAGGUUGAGGCCGAUGAGGAUGCAGGAAAUGAAAAUAUUGUGGAUGACGAGGCGAAUGAAGGCGAUGCUGAUGCUACAGAUUCCAGUAGAAAGGAAAAACAAGAAGAGGAGGUGGACUACGAGAGCGAGGAGGGUGAGGGUGAGGAGGGCAGUGAUCAGGAACAGGAGGACGUGGCCGAGAACGGACAGAAGGACGCAGGAGAUGCUCAGGAGAUGGCUGAGGAGGAGUCUGGUGAGAGUCCCAACAGCUCUGAACAGCCGCUGGAAACGUCACAGGAAACGUCACAGGAAUCGAUGAGGAUCAACACUGUGCUUAAGUUAAGCCCCGCUAUGGAGGAGUACACAUAUGACACAGAGAACGGGCUGUGGUGUGAGCUGACCCUGGUCCUGCCCGUCACUACAGUGCACUUUGACCUCACGUCAGUGGUGGUGAAGCAGGCUCAGAACUCUGUCAUCAUGGAGACCAAAGGAAUCACACGCUGCUUGUUAAACGAAGUCACCACAAAGGACGGUUCAAAAGAGAUGGUGCUCAACACCGAGGGCAUCAACAUGCAGGAGAUGUUCAAACAUGCUGAUAUCCUGGACUUGAACCGGUUAUACUCCAACGAGGUUCAUGCUAUGGCCAACACGUACGGCAUCGAGGUGGCCCUGCGAGUCAUUGAGAAGGAGAUUAAAGAUGUGUUUGCCGUCUACGGGAUCGAGGUGGACCCGCGCCAUCUCUCUCUCGUGGCCGACUACAUGUGCUUUGAGGGGGUGUACAAGCCUCUGAACCGAAUCGCCAUUCAAUCCAGCAGCUCCCCGCUGCAACAGAUGACCUUUGAGACCAGUUUCAAGUUUCUGAAGCAGGCCACGAUGCUGGGUUCUGAUGAUAAACUCUGUUCGCCGUCGGCUUGCUUGGUCGUAGGAAAGGUUGUGAAAGGAGGAACCGGCAUCUUCGAACUGAAACAGCCGUUACAGUAAUAAACCAGGAUUGAUUCAUUGUUUCUCGCUGCUAUGGAGUUAAUAGAUGGACAUCUGUGUAUUUUUUUGUCUGUAUCAUCAAUAAAUCUUUUUUCUUUUGA